AUGAGUGGUUCAGGGUAUAAAUCCCUGCUUAAAAGACAGAGACUUCAGUCUUUCGGUGAACUCGGUGCAUCGCGUAUCGUGAGUAAAGUCAUCAACAACAACUCAAAGAAGAAGAAGAGAAAGAAGAAGAAAUUUGUCGUUCCUGGCAACGGUGAUGAGUACAUCGACCUGGCACAUACUAUGCUGAAUCUCAAGAUAGCUUUACAAGCUCCCGAAAAAACAAAGGAUAAUGAAAGUUCUAUUGUUAAAAUAGCCCCUGUUAAUAAUAUACUAAGCUCAAUGUUUAAUCAGGUAGAUGUAUAUUUUAAUCAGAAAUUAGUAUCGCCAUCAAAUAAUGCUUAUGCUUACAGAGCAUACAUUGAAACAUUACUCAAUUAUGGGCCAGGUGCAAAAUCAAGUCAUCUGACAGCGUCUUUGUGGGAUAAAUUCUUGUUGAAUGGCGUUGAGAUCCGGCUGCGACUCGUACGUUCCAAAGAUGCUUUUUGUCUCAUGGAUCCUACAGGCGGGGCAUCUAUUCAUAUUGAAGAAGCAACACUUCUAGUUCGCCGAGCAAAGAUUAGUCCUGGUAUUUUACUUGCUCACGCAGAAGCACUAGCUCAAGGGACAGCUAAAUAUCCUAUAACUAGAGUAGAAGUAAAAGCACUAACAAUUCAUGCUGGUAUACAGAGCGAGACUCUUGAUACUGUCGUACUUGGACAACUACCUAAGAGAAUAAUCAUUGGAUUUGUCGACAAUGCUGAAUACAACGGAAAUGUCUUGAAAAACCCAUUUAAUUUUCAAACUUACAAUAUAAAUCACUUUUCACUAUAUGUGGACGGCAUGCAGAUCCCAUCGAAACCUAUUCAACCAGAUUUUACUAAAAAUAAUCUCUACGUUGAGGCAUACCACUCAUUGUUUACGGGGUGUGGUAUUCAUUUCCUCAAUGAAGGAAAUGACAUAGAUCGUGAUGAUUAUGCACAUGGAUUCCGUCUUUUUGCAUUUGAUCUUACACCAGAUUUAUCAGCACAUUGCUACUCACACUGGAAUCUUGUAAAGCAUGGAUCUUUAAGAAUUGAGGUUCGUCUCGAGGAAGCACUUGCACACACUAUUAAUUGUCUGGUUUAUACCGAGUACGACAAUGUUGUGGAAAUUGACGGUUCAAGACAAGUUAUUGCAGACUAUAGCAAUUGA